AUGGAUCUAUUGCCGUCUAAUUGGUUCAGAUUAUUUUCAUGUGCUUUAGGCAUCAUAUUUCUAAACGCACUGAUAAAUGGUGUGCCAGCCAAUCGGACGGACGACCCCUGCUCUCCCAACCCUUGCAACAACCGUGCCAUCUGCCGUAGCCGUGGUGACGGCUACUCGUGUUUCUGCGUGCCUGGUUACCAGGGCCGGCUCUGCCAGCUGGAGGUGGAUGAGUGUGCGUCCCAGCCGUGUCGCAACGGGGCCACCUGCGUGGACCAGGUGGGCACGUACAGGUGCACCUGCAGCCCAGGAUACACAGGUGAGAAGGAAGAAAGGUUCAUCUACUUCCUGUUUAAGAUGAGAAGCAGGGGGGCAGAGGGGGAUUAG